CACAUCCAUUCAUAACCCCCUUCAUCCAUCCGAUCGCAUCACCGUCCACUCCUCUCUCUCGCUCUCUGGAAAUGGCGCUCUCUCUCUCCUCCACCACGUCCCUCCAUAGACCCACCUUCUUCCUCCAACCACCACCACCUCUCUCCACCAGAAAGCCCUACAGACAACCGCAGCGGAUCAAUUGCAUCAAGAGGGAAGGGGACAGCAUACACCCCAAGUUCUACGAGGACGCCAAGGUCUUCUGCAACGGCGAGCACGUCCUGACCGUCGGCGGGACCCAGCCCGAGUACGUCAUCGAUGUCUGGUCCGGAAACCACCCGUUCUACCUCGGGAGACGGUCCCAAACCCUCCUCGACGACGAUCAGGUGUCGAAGUUCCGAAAGAAGUACGGCGAGUUGACUGCGUGGAUGGAGAUUCCGGUGUUGAAGGGAGAUAUUGUUAUACCGCCCAAGCGCAAGUCGGGUACAAAAAAGAAGUAGAGCUUCUUCCUUUGUGGAAUCUGGUCCAUCUAAGGUAUUUAGGCAUCGAAUUUCGAAUUCAAGGAAACCUGUACAAAUGAAUGGUCUCUCAGUAUGGCAUUUCCAUUGUGUUUUGUAGGCGAGAAACUUGGUAGAAUUAUUACCGAGAUUUGAAAUGUCAGAUUUUGCAGUUGGAAACAGAGUUAGGUACUAAACAUCGUGUUAUGAGUAGAGAUCUAUAACUACUUGUUCCCGUUUGCUGGGCAAAAACCUAUACCGGAACUCAAAUGGUUGUAGGACAGUAAACUGAUUUUGCAUGUUCUCACAAUCACACGCAGAUAUAGAUCACAAAAUGAUUUUAUUUAGGAUAAUUUAACCUUUAUGAUAGUACGAAAUGCUCCCAUCAGUUCCUUGAUGAUGACAGAAAACUACGAUAACAGCUCAUUUACAUUACACUUCACGAGCAUAUUGAGAAAACUACAAUAACAGCUUAUUUACAUUAUACUUCGAAUGAGCGUAUUUUUCUGUACAUCGGAAAUUUCACUUAUAAUGUUGGAAUCAAAGAAUUAACACCCCAAAUAAAACCAACCAAAUGAAAAAGUAGUCUACAUUCAUCUCAAUCAUACACAAAGAAGAAAAGAAAAAAGACUACAUGCCUACAUAUGACUGAUCAACAUACCAUACAAUCGAA